AUGCCACUGAGAUUACAACCACAGCCACAACGUUGGACUCCACUGGAACCUGGGAUGUACAAAGCAAACUACGAUGGGGCUUACUUUGCGGAGGAAGAAGCAGUAGGAAUCGGUGUUGUAGUGCGGAAUGAACUGGGACAGGUGACAGCGUCCUUAGCAGAGAAGCUCGUCAUGCCUCAAACAGUGGAGAUUCUUGAGGCGUUGGCAGCUAGGAGGGCUAUGAUCUUCAUGGAGGAAUUGGGAUUGUGUAGGGUUAUCUUUGAAGGUGAUUCAAAGACUGUUGUAAAGGCCCUAACAGGGGGCUGCCCAAACAGGUCCAGUAUUGGGCACAUUGUUAAAGACUGCAUGUCAUUAAUGGGUUGGUUUCAAUCCUGUUCUUUCUCUCACGUGAGGCAGCAGGGCAACGGAGUAGCUCAUGCUUUAGCUAGGAGAGCAAGAAAGUCUUCCCCUUUGUCCGUUUGGAUGGAAUCUGUUCCGCUAGACAUUUCCUAUUUGGUGUAUGUUGAUGUAACGACUUAA